AACCUGCACCCAAUUUUCCUACUACCGCCUAGAUGGCGCUAGCUGUCAACAUCUUAUUGUGAGGUUAAAAAGCCUUUAUUUCAGUUUAAACAUUCCUGAGAUGUCCCUAAGAAACCUCUCGAGAACGCUGAAUAAAAUAAUCAGCAUUAAUUCAGCGAGAUGUUAUUCAACCAAUAUACAAGAUUAUAAAGUGGCUUUAACAGACGAUAAAACAACCAUAGUGGCAUGGCAUCCCAGACAAGAUUUCCCCUAUGAGUGUACAAGACCCUUGCCGGAAAUUAAAGUCGAGGAAAGUACUUCGGUGCUGAAAACGCAGCUUACACCUGAGUUGUUAUCAGUGUUCAAUAAGAAAACCCCGGAGCAAGCUAGGCAAGAGUUGAUGAACAUCACGCACACGACUAAGCAUAGGUGGUUCCCCAGAGCCAGGGAUAAGAAGGCCAAGAAAACGCCAAUGGAUAGGGAGUAUUUGUAAUUUUUGUUUGUUAACUGUAGAUAAUAAAAAACAUUUUUAGAGAAACUGUUUAUUAGUUGGUAAGUUCUAUCAAAGCAUUAACUACAUUUCCAUGGUAUUCUCUUAAUGUACGUUCAGCCAGUGUCCUUGAAAUCUCCAUUUCCUGCACAAUAAGAUCGACAUCCUCUUUUUUGAUCGAAACCUUCAUCAAUUCUUUCUCCCUCGCUUGUUUUUCAAGGGCUUCCUUGUUUCUUCUGUCCCCUAUGGCCGAAAUCGCAUUGGCCAUGUCUUGGGUGGUAAUUUCGGUUUCCUCGGCAUAGUCGGUUACCCUUUCCAAAUCCGCCGCCCCGCUGUCGUAUUUUGCGAUUUUCUUUUGCAAUUUUUCCGGCAAAUCUUCUUCCGUACCGUUUACAACCUCUUCAUCUGCCAUUUUUGUGCUAUUUAUUGACGAACUACGGGUAU